UCUCUCAUCUUCUUCUUCCCCCCCGCCCAACAAGUGAGGAACCCGCAGGCCGCAGCCAAAUCCCCACCCGUUCCGCGACGACCUCUUGCCUUCGCCGGUCGACCAUGGCGCUCCAGGCGGCGACGUCCUUCCUCCCCUCGGCCCUCUCCGCGCGCAAGGAGGGGUCGGUAAAGGACUCGGCGUUCUUGGGUGUUCGUCUCGCGGAUGGCCUCAAGCUGGAUACCAGCGCUCUGGGCCAGCGCACCAAGAGGGUGAGCACGUCGGUGGCCAUCCGCGCGCAGGCGGCGGCGGUGUCCUCCCCGUCGGUGACUCCCGCGUCGCCGUCGGGCAAGAAGACCCUCCGCAAGGGCACGGCGAUCAUCACCGGCGCGUCCUCGGGUCUCGGCCUGGCCACGGCGAAGGCCCUGGCGGAGACCGGCAAGUGGCACGUCAUCAUGGCGUGCCGCGACUUCCUCAAGGCGUCGCGCGCGGCCAAGGCCGCGGGCAUGGACAAGGACAGCUACACCAUCGUGCACCUGGACCUGGCGUCCCUGGACAGCGUCCGCCAGUUCGUGAAGAACGUGCGGCAGCUGGAGAUGCCCAUCGACGUGGUGGUCUGCAACGCUGCCGUGUACCAGCCCACCGCCAAGGAGCCGUCCUACACCGCCGACGGCUUCGAGAUGAGCGUCGGCGUCAACCACCUCGGCCACUACCUCCUCGCCCGCGAGCUCCUCAGCGACCUCCAGUCCUCCGACUACCCCUCCAAGCGCCUCAUCAUCGUCGGCUCCAUCACCGGGAACACGAACACGCUGGCCGGGAACGUGCCGCCGAAGGCGAACCUGGGCGACCUGCGCGGGCUCGCCGGCGGCCUGAACGGCGUGGGCAGCUCGGUGAUGAUCGACGGCGGGGAGUUCGACGGCGCCAAGGCGUACAAGGACAGCAAGGUGUGCAACAUGCUGACGAUGCAGGAGUUCCACCGGCGGUACCACGAGGAGACGGGCGUGACCUUCGCGUCGCUCUACCCGGGGUGCAUCGCCACCACGGGGCUGUUCCGGGAGCACAUCCCGCUGUUCCGGCUGCUGUUCCCGCCGUUCCAGAAGUACAUCACCAAGGGGUACGUCUCCGAGGAGGAGGCCGGGAAGCGGCUGGCGCAGGUGGUGAGCGACCCCAGCCUCACCAAGUCCGGCGUCUACUGGAGCUGGAACAAGAACUCAGCGUCCUUCGAGAACCAGCUCUCCGAGGAGGCCAGCGACGCCGACAAGGCCAAGAAGCUCUGGGAGAUCAGCGAGAAGCUCGUCGGCUUGGCCUGAUCGAUGUGUGUGCAUCACCAUGGCCGGCGCCGGCAGCCGGCGACAGUUUUUUCUUCCCCAUAGGACACGUUCGCUAGUUGAUCUCAGACAAUGUGGUGAGCCCGUGCCAAGAGCUAGUGCCAUGAGCACAAGUGUGUACACGUGUACAAUAUUUGCUACUGCACCGUGAUGGUUUUUGCAGUGGACUGUAACUCUAGCCUUUUGCACUGCUUUUGUAAUUUUUAAGAGGUUAUUAUUGGGCUGCCAAAAUCAAAUCAGCAAUUGCCUUUCAGCAA